UCGUGUUUAUUGUGGUGGAGUUGUGGUGAUGAUUACAGGGUUCUUCGAGUGAAGUGUUACUAGAAAAAUCUAGCUGGGGAGCUUAGCAGAAGGUCUGUCAAUCAAAAAAUAAAAACUAGUUUGUGUGUCGGAGCCACAGGAGCUUCGCUGUUGUCGCUAAGAUGACAGAGCUAAGGCACCGUGUGGCCAAAGAGACUGAGCCGACGUUACAACACCAGCCGUCAGAGGACAAGAGUUCAGACAGUGAACUGAAGGUGGAAAAGGACGGGGUGUCAGACAGCGAGUCCAAGGGAGAUCAAGGGGUCCCAGAGGUUCCUGUCCCUCCCGAUGACACCCCCGUGGUUCUAAACAAAGCCUUGUCUGGACUGUCAUCCAGAUGGAAGAACUGGUGGGUACGAGGCAUCCUCACACUAGCCAUGAUCUCCUUCUUCUUCUUCAUCAUCUACCUGGGCCCAAUGGUGCUCAUGAUGAUCGUCCUCUGUGUUCAGAUCAAGUGCUUCCAAGAGAUCAUCACGAUCGGUUACAGUGUGUAUCACUCCUACCACCUGCCCUGGUUCAGGACGCUGAGCUGGUACUUCCUGCUAUGUGUUAACUACUUCUUCUAUGGUGAGACUGUGACAGACUACUUCUUCUCCCUGGUGCAAAGAGAGGAGCCCCUUCGCAUCCUCAGCAAAUACCACCGCUUUAUCUCCUUCGCCCUCUACCUCACAGGUUUCUGUAUGUUUGUGCUGAGUUUGGUGAAGAAGCAUUACCGCCUUCAGUUCUACAUGUUUGGCUGGACUCAUGUGACUCUGCUGAUUGUGGUGACUCAGUCUCACCUUAUCAUUCACAACCUGUUUGAAGGGAUGAUCUGGUUCAUUGUGCCCAUUUCCUGUGUGAUCUGUAAUGACAUUAUGGCUUACAUGUUUGGCUUCUUCUUCGGCCGAACGCCACUCAUCAAGCUGUCACCUAAGAAGACAUGGGAGGGAUUCAUUGGUGGACUCUUCUCCACUAUUGUUUUUGGCAUAAUGCUGUCCUACGUCAUGGCCGGCUACCGCUACUUUGUGUGUCCAGUGGAGUUCAACAACGACUCCAACAGCUUCCAGGUGGACUGUGAACCGUCAGAUCUCUUUCAGCUCCAGGAGUACGCCCUGCCCGGCAUCCUGGAGUCUGUCACUGGAUGGACAACAGUUCGCCUCUAUCCGUUCCAGAUCCACAGCAUUGCCCUCUCCUCUUUCGCCUCCAUCGUGGGACCCUUUGGCGGCUUCUUUGCCAGCGGCUUCAAAAGAGCUUUUAAGAUCAAGGACUUCGCCAACACUAUCCCAGGUCAUGGUGGCAUCAUGGACAGGUUUGACUGCCAGUACCUCAUGGCCACGUUCGUUAACGUCUACAUCGCUAGUUUUAUCAGGGGCCCAAACCCCUCCAGGGUGAUCCAACAGCUCCUGGCCCUCCGUGUGGAUCAGCAGCUCCACAUCUUCAAUUCCCUGAAGGCUCACCUGAUGGAGAAAGGCCUCCUGCCAGCCCUGGAGGAGGCGGCCGCCUAGAGCCACGUACAGCAGCUCGCCGUGAGGUGGGGGGACGGAGGCAGAGGGCAGCCCCCAGGGGCUCGGUGCAGGCCCGGAGCUCUGGGGGACUGGCAGCGCUGUGUGUGAGCAAGAACACAUCCACAAAAACAAAACUACAAAAAACAAACAAAAAAAAAAAACCCGACAGCCUUGGGUCAUUCCGUUUGAUUUGGUCACGAGAGUCGUGUUUGUUCAUCCGGUCUGUGAAACUUGUUUCUGACACCAGUGUUUUCAGGUUGAGUUUGUGAAUUACUGUACUGUACACAUUUCCAUUAUAGCCAGCUUCUAUCUAUUAACACUGUUAAACAAAAUGUUGGUCAACUGUGCAUUUCUACCUGUUUGCAGGAUAACCUCUAUAUACCUAUUAAUGUGUGUUAAUAUUUAAUUAUUAUUUUUUAUUUGAAUGCACUGCUCUCAGCCCUGUUACUUCAGCUCCCCUCCAAGGUUCAGUUUUAAUUUCCUUAGUUGUGAUUAUUUCUAUUUAUACAUAGAUGGUUUUUAUAUUUGCUAUGUUCUAUUAUAUCUUAAUGAUGUGUCUCUUUUAUUUGGGCUGAUUUCACCUUUGCCAGAUGCCAUGUUCAUUUGUGUUGCCGCUGUUUUUUUGUGUCUUUUUUUUUUUUUUUUUUUUUUUUUAAUCGCCUUCCAUCGUUUCAAAGCCUCUCAUGCUUGGCCGCAUCAUUGAAUCACGUGAUAUAUAUACAUAUAUAUUUAUAUAUAUAUUCAUCAGAUGAACAACUAAAUUACACUGAAGUAUUUGGGUUUGGACCACGCUUAAUCCAACCUGUUAGUUCCCAACGGUUUGCGGUUUGGAAAUGCUACAAGCUUUUUUUUAAGAUGAUUGAAGAGAUUACUGAAAACCAGUGCAACAAACUCCAGCCCCUGUUUUUAGCACAUCGGCCACAGCUUCUUGUAGCUGCUGUGUUUAGCAGAAACAGAAAGGUUCAUUUUUGUCUCUUAACAUGGAGCCUGUUUCUGAUUUCACAUGUGUUGAGUGAGGGGGCUCAGUAGUUGUGACGGUACAUGUAGAGCACAGCGAUGGUUUCUACGGCAACAUGGCCUUCGUCUCUGGUGUGACCUGGACGUGUUUGAGGCUUCAGAGCAAAACCACUGCCUAUGUUACUAUUCUAGUAAAACCUUUGUUGUAAAUUGGCCUGUUGUGUACAUGUUUGUUCAGACUGGGCUUUGUUCAUAUAAUGUUCAUUUCCAGGUGUUUUACAGUAAAAUUCUUUGUUAUUUAUGCCAAUCACAAGUGUGUGUUGGAUCUGUUGGUUAAAAUAUAUAAGCUGAAGCUUCUUCACUGCUGGGUUCCUUUGCCUUUUUCUUUUUUUUUUUUGUCCUGUCGUCUGUACUAAUUUCAUACACGGUGUGUAGUUACAUUGGCGGGUGUUUUAAAAAGUGUCAUAGGAAGUAUUAAUCAGUAUUUUGUGUGGAAGUCUGAGCUUCUAAAAUGCAGUUUGUCAAGUUGAACUCUUUCUCUAAAAGUGAACUCUUGCAGUAGUUCUUUGUUUUUCCGGAUUAGGUUUUCUGCAAAGUCUUAUUCAAAUUUGCCUUUUUUUUUUCACCUCUGAUUGAACCAUUGACUCCAUUUGAACUCAGUCCUAGUGAGUUGUUGAUAAAUUGCAACAUGCAUCGGUUAGAAGAGUUUUUCUGUAAUCCUUUCAGAAGCAAAUUAAGCUUUCAAGUAGAUGCCAAAAGGCUCAAUGAUCUGUAAAUGAAUUUAAGCCGUUGUGGAGAUAUGGUGCUGUAGAAAAUGUAUUUGGACCUAAUCCUCCAAAAAAAAAAAAAAUCAUUAAUAAACCAAUCAGCACUAUUUUUGCACAUUUCAUUAUUUUGUUUCUAUGAGACCUGUCCUUGUCAGUGAAGCCAGAUGAAGUGUGUGCAGGUUGAAUAAAGGUGCACUCGUUAUUUAAUGAGAAAGCAGCAAUAUGAACAUUCAUACAGUAGUCAGUGUAGCAGGGAUGUGAAGGUCAGUACUGUGUGAAGCGUCUGUGCUGCCUUUAAGAAACGACCUGUAUCUGUGCUGUUUUCUGUGUGCGGUAAAUUAGAGCUUCACAGAAUCUUUGUGAAAUGAGUUGCCCACCAUAAAUCUCCUCUAAUCACAUACUGUCCUCAAAGUAUUACCUAUAUUUUAAGCAAAUGACUGGAUUUAGCUUUUACGUCAUUGUGGCUGUUACUUUGAAAGACUUUUUUUUUUUUUUAAUCAUGAAAUGAACCUCAUCAUGGCUUUACAUUUUGUCCCUAUAUUUCAAUGCCGUUCAUAUUUUUAUCGAUGCCAAUCCAUUCGUGAGGUUUGUGUGACAUCCAGCCAGUCUUAAUUUUGUCUUUCUUGAAACUAUUUAUUUUAUCCACUAAGGAAAUCAAACCUUUUCAAAGUUAUUAUAUUGUACAUUUAUUAAGAAGAUGUUUAGGAACAUGUUGAGUGUCCUUUAGUAUUUUUUGCCAUAGAGAAAAGAGUAUUGAGAUAGCAGAGAAGUAUUUUUCUUUCUGUAACUUAAGUACAGUUGGAUGUUUCUAGCCUCCUCCUAGCUAGCUGUCGUGUGUCAGCUUCUGCAACACAGAGCAAGUUCAAUCAAGGUGGACACUUGUUAUUUGUGGAUUUUUUAUUUUAUUUUAUUUAAUUUUUUUCCAAAAAGCAGAAAAGCAGAAUGAGAACUGGUGUCGAUAUCCUUUUUUUUUUUUUUCCAGUUUGCAGCUGUGUACUGCCAUUUCUCUGGCGGGUUUUCCACACGACCACUAGAGAGAGCUGGAGCUCGUGUGCUUGGCCCAUGUCGACUGUACCACUGAUGCAGGAACGACUUUGUUACUGCUGCUUGAUACAUUCCAAAUAAUUUUAGAUUUGCUCACGAAGACACAGAAUAUAACAUACCACUAAUAAAUAAAACAAGAAACCUGACGUUUUUUUUUUUUUUUUUUUUUUGAAGGCACUUAGGGUUUACAUCUGUGCCAUUUUUAAUCAACACGGUGCCACUUUGCUGUCAUGCAUCCUGUCCAGCCAGGAGAAAAGGAAUGUAUGGGAGUUGUGACUGUCCCACACUGUAGGCUCCCCUUUGUGGACAAUUUUAUUUUGUGCUUAUAGAGUCUCUUACAAAGCUAUAAGGUUUCAGUAUGUAAUUAUGGAAUUAAGUGCAAUGGUUUGUGUUCAGUUGUACGUUGUCUAGAGAAAAGAUGUUCUUUGAUGCUGAAAUGUGCUUCGCCUUGUUUCACAGUAAAAUAAAGAUAUUUAAAAAAAAAAAAAUAACAACA